GCCUCGCCGGUUUAGGUACAGAUCAGAUCUACUAGAUCUGCCCAAAAAUCGUGACGUGUUGAGAUCUCCGACGACCCACGGAAUUUUAAGAUGAUCAAACCUCCACCUCGGUGAUCCACCAGGAAUCUGGGCUGGGUUGAGAGGUCCAUUCGAAUAAAACCUGGUCAUGGAGGGGUAUGUCUUUGGGGCUGGGAUUCACCAUCCUGAUCCCACCAUUUGACAAGCCAAGUCAUGUCUUCCUACGACGGACAAACGAAAGCGAGUGAUCUCGUACGCGAGCUCGCCCCUCACAUCCAUGGCAAGACCAUCCUCAUCACUGGCGCGUCCAGUGGACUAGGAGCGACCUAUGUAGAGACAGUGAUCAAGUCGCCUCGACCGCCCGCUCGGAUCAUCCUCACAGUCAGGGAUCAAUCGAAAGGUCAAGCCCAAGUGAAAAAGUGGUCUUACAUCAACUCGGAUGUAAACCUCCAAGUCAUCUCGCUCGACUUGGCACGUUUCAAAUCUGUCCGAGAGGCGGCCAAGCGAGUCAAUGAACUGGAAUUCGCCAUCGAUGUACUGGUCAACAAUGCCGGCGUGAUGGCUAUACCGUAUGAGAAGACCGAAGAUGGGAAUGAGAUGCAGUUCCAGGCGAAUCAUUUAGGACAUUUCUUAUUCACCAACCUGAUCUUGAACAAGGUCCUAGAGUCAAAAUCCGGAGGGAGGAUCAUCAACGUGUCAAGUGACGGUUACAGGCUAGGACAUGUCAGAUACUCAGAUCAUGAUUUCCAUAACGGCAAGUCAUACGACAAGUGGAUGGCCUACGGUCAAAGCAAAACGGCUCAACUAUUAUUCUCUGAAGAGCUUGCCAGACGAUACGGCUCGAAGGGGCUCCAAGCGUUCGCCGUCCAUCCAGGUGUCAAUAUGGGGACCAGUUUGAGCAGACACGUCAAUGAGAAAGAGGCAGAAACGUUUUUCGGCUCGUUGACCGCUAUAGACCAACUGCAAGGUCAUCCACAAGCCUGGGCAGGAUUAAAGCCUGUCAGCCCGGACCAAGGUGUCGCCACGCAGGUCUUGUUAUCCUUCUCACAGGAUUUCAAAGACUACAACGGUGACUACUUUGAGGGGUGUCAACCUUUGCCGAAGGACGAGGUGUACCCUUGGGCUCUGGGCGAGAGAGAAAGUCGCAAAUGCUGGGCAUUGAGCGAGAAGCUGGUCGGUGAGAGGUUUUAGAACGAGCAGGCGGUCUCUUUUUAGACAUGUUUGAGUAUCGCGGAUGGUGAGGCAACCUGGCAGGGGUCAAUGGAGGGUUGGUCAGAGCUCAUCACGGAUGUCUCCUCUCGACAUCCU